AACAGACAUGGAUAUUAAAUAACAAGAAAACGUGAGGUUAUUCGUGUGGAUGAGAAGCAUUUUGUGUUAUGAUAGGUCCAUUGGUAGAAUGAUGUGAUUACUGGAAUUGAAAGUUUGAGAGAAUGGAAAGGGUGUUGUCAGUGGAUGAAAUAUCGGAGCAAUAUUGGGUGGCGGCGAAGAAGGAAUCAUGCAAGUCAAAGUCAAAGAUGAACCGUAGUGAAUCGGAAUGGGCCUUUCAGCAGUUUCUUCAGGAAGCAGUUUCUCCUUCUUCAUCUUCUUCCUCCGACGUUAAACCCAAAAAGGAUCCCGACAUCAACAUGAACAUCCCUGUAACUCUAAAUGUCGAUUCCCACGAUUACCAAACCAUUCUUAAAACCAAGCUUAACCUCGCUUGUGCUGCUGUCGCUUUGACUCGGGGAUCUUUGGUCAAAUCUCAAAAUCCGACCACUUUCCCUGACAGUGGAUCACAGGCAGCUGUUCCUUCUGAAGUUGGAACCUUGAAAGAUGUGGAAGCAGCAACUGGGAUUUCAUUCUCAUCACCUUCCCUGCAAAAGAAACCUGCUGUUGCAGUGAGGCCAACAUUAAGUGCAUCAUCAAGAGAGCAAUCAGAUGAUGAGGAAGCGGAGGAAGAGAUUAACAUGACUGGAAAAAUGAAUACAACUGAUGCAAAACGAGUAAGGAGGAUGCUUUCCAAUAGGGAGUCUGCCAGACGCUCAAGGAGAAGAAAGCAGGCUCAUUUAAGUGAGCUGGAGACACAGGUCUCCCAAUUAAGAGGUGAAAAUUCUUCCUUGUUAAAGCGCUUAACUGACGUGAACCACAGAUACAACAGUGCUGCAGUUGACAACAGAGUAUUGAAAGCUGAUGUUGAAACGUUAAGAGCUAAGGUGAAGAUGGCUGAAGAGACAGUGAAAAGAAUUUCUGGGUUGAAUCCAAUGUUUCAUGCAAUGACUGAGAUGUCAUCAAUGGAAAUAGCAAUGUUUGAUGAAAGUCGUUCUGAGACAUCAGGUGGUGGUGCUGUUCCUGUGCAAGAAGACACAAAUCAUAAACUUAGUGAAGCGAGUUCGAAGAAUGGAUUCGGAGGCAUUUCUUCAGUGAAAAGUGUGCAGCAGAAAGUGGUAGGUUGGAACAAAAGUGGGGGAGGAAAUUCCCUGCAUAGAGUUGCUAGCUUGGAACAUCUUCAGAAGCGGAUUCGUGGUGAUGAAGAUUCACGUGGAGAGCAAUAACAUAGCCAAAUUACAUUAUGGUUUCAUGAGGAAACUAUUCUAGGCUCUUGUUUCUGCUAGUUGUAAGUAACAGUAAAUUCUUGUAAAUCAAUUGGAUGCAUGUGAAGGAUAUUGAAUACUGUUAUUUUCCUAUUUUAUGUGGACCCCUUCAAAUCUUAAUACAUGCCUAAU